UGAUGUGGAUGGAGAUAACUGUCGAUGUGCGAACGUUUGAGCAUCAGACAGCUCAGGUUAGGGCCAUAGCAUCAUAGACAAAAGCCUAGUAUGCUGAAAUAGCAACGACUGAAAGUAUUUAAACAUGGCACCUAAAUCUAUGUCUGAAAAGUUUGCACACAUAGAGGAGAUUGACUUAAAAGAGACUACUUGCAUUUGCAGGAAACAUUGUAAUAACUGUAAAAUCUUCCUGGGAUUCUUCGUCUUAUCCCUUUCAUUGCAUCUAGUAACGCUUUUCUGUUAUUUGGACCUGAGAUCGGAGGUGAAACGCGAGAUUCUCCAGAAGAACAGAGAGGAGACAGUGUCACCGGCCGCAGACGAUAUGAAUGACCGAUAUUCUCCAGUAUUCCAGCUGUUGGAUAUCAGCUACCCAACUGAUCUACAGCCACAGAAUAGAUUGCCUCUGGGGAACAGUGAGGAAAACUCUCACCUCACAGAAGACAGAGAAAAUGCCGUCCAUCGCACCAAAAGGAGCCAGCAGAAUAAACGACUUGAUUCAGAAUCACAUGGAAACAAACGGAAAGAAAGGAAGAAAGGCAAGAAAGGCCCUCCGGGUGCACCUGGCCCCCCAGGCCCUCCAGGGCCACAGGGGCCACCAGGUAUUCCUGGCAUCCCAGGUAUCCCUGGGAACAACGCCAUGGGUCCCUCAGGACCACCCGGACCGCCAGGCCCUGCUGGACCCCCAGGGCCACAGGGACCCCCUGGUCUUCAAGGACCCUCAGGGGGCAGAGUCAGAGAUAGCCAGCCGGCUGUGGUACAUCUCCAAGGCCAGGAAACAACAAUACAGGUCAAGGAAGAUCUUUCAGAAGGCGUACUGAGAAACUGGAAAAUGAUAUCCAUGCAUCACAAGGUGUUCAAGAUGCACUCGCGGUCUGGGGAGCUGGAGGUGCUGGUAGAUGGUACCUACUUCAUCUAUAGUCAGGUAGAAGUUUACUACCUCAACUUCACUGACAUUGCUAGCUAUGAGGUGAUGGUGGACAAGACGCCGUUCCUGCGCUGUACACGGAGCAUCGAGACUGGACAGCGAAAGUUCAACACCUGCUACACGGCUGGGGUGUGUCUGCUGCGUGCCCGGCAGAAGAUCUCCAUCAGGAUGGUGUACGAGGACACCUCCAUUAGCAUGACCAACCACACCACCUUCCUGGGGAGCAUCCGACUUGGGGAGGCCCCCCCAGCCAGCCACUCCUGAAGAAGCAGACACAGGCCCACCAAACUGACUGUCAAAUCAGGACUCAACCCUCAACCAGCCCCAACCCUCAACCACCAUAUCUAUCUAUGGUUUGUGGGAGACUCCACCGACUCUACUCUGCCUCUACAACCAUCACCACCAUCUAUCACAUAUCGACCAAUGAGGAGAUGAGAAGGCCCACCUACUCCUGAGUUGACAUGUACAGUACAUACAGUAUCCACCCUCAGGCUGGGCCAGGCCCCAUCCUCAGGCUACUACUGAGCUGAUAGGUCCCACCCUACCUGAUAUUAGGGUGUAAUGGUGUAAUGAUAUUAACCCACUGCCUGUUAUCUCUGAGUGGAAGAUUCUUUCCAAAGAGUGAUGAUGACUCUGAUCUUCGGUGCUGAUUAUGGACAAAUAUGCACCCAACUUGUCAAGCAUUAAGAAAGGGAGGAGUUGCUGAUUUUUUUGGAAGAAAAAUACAUUAGGCUUUAAUUCUAGAAUAGUGCAUUUAUAGGGAAUAACUUGGUUUCCCUGAUCAUAACAUGCUUGAGAAACCAAGGUUGACAGGAGUCAUUCAAGUCUCCACUAAAAUAACUCUCUGUCAUGACAAAGUACAUAAAACACCUAUUAUACAUUAUUAAACAAAUGUAGAAUGCUUGUUUUUAUCUACCAAACUAAACCUAUUUGGAGAAGUGAAUGUGAUUGUUGGUGUGGUAUCAAUCCACUGAGUCAUAUAGGUCGUUAGCUAACAUGGGUACAUACUGUAAAAGCGUUUGAAUACAAUAUAGAAAUACAAUGUGUGAGAGUUCUCUGAUGAUUUGAACAUGCACAGCUGAAGCACAAACAUUUCUCUGUUAGAAUGUGCACUGAUUAAAACAAAUGAUUGAUCUGUAGGCAAAUAUCUCUCUCUCUCUCUCUCUACCUCUCUCUCUCUUUCUCUACCUCUCUCUCUCUUUCUCUCUCUCUCUCUCUCUUUCUCUCUCUCUCUCUCUACCUCUCUCUCUCUUUCUCUCUCUCUCUCUCUCUCUACCUCUCUCUCUCUUUCUCUCUCUACCUCUCUCUCUCUUUCUCUCUCUCUCUCUCUACCUCUCUCUCUCUUUCUCUCUCUCUCUCUCUACCUCUCUCUCUCUUUCUCUCUCUCUCUACCUCUCUCUCUCUUUCUCUCUCUCUCUCUCUACCUCUCUCUCUCUUUCUCUCUCUCUUAUUAAAUAACAAGGUCUUUAUGGAUGUUUCUUUUAGGUUGGAAAUGAAGUUGUUUGUCAAAUAUGGAAUCACCCAGAUUAAUACUGUAGAUUAAUUUUUCCAAAUUACUAACAUGACCUAAAAAUGACAUUCUUCAUGUUACUAUGUUGACCGUUCAUGAUCCCAAGGCUUGUCAUGGACACCAUUUAUAUUUCUUUGCUUUAUUUAGUUCUGCUCUGGUUUGUUUGAAAUAACCAAUUCACUUGUCAUUCCCUUUGAGCUGAACCAGUCAUGUCCUGUUUCUGGAAGGCCAUUUGUGUUUCACUUUUUCUCAGAGGAAUUUUGUCUUUCCAUAUACAUAGGCAGCUUGAAGCUUUUGUGAAUAAUCACACACAGUCGAAACAUUUUUCAGCAUAUAACUCCUUUGCGUGUUCAUGUUUAUAUGUGAGUGGACACAUUAGUCUUUAAGGAAGCAUUUAAGGGCACAGAUUAUCUGUCAACAUUACAGUUUCUGGAUGUUUAUGAAACUGCUCUGCACUGUGCAUGUAUUAUAGAUAUUACAGGGUUUGGUCAAUCACCAUGCAGUCAACCUUCUGGAAAAUUGGUGACAAAAGCAGAAUCAUGUCCAGUUGUUUUGAAUUAGUUUGAUAACCGUUAUGGAAGGAAAGAUAGAUCAGACCAUUACCCAGGGAAGUUCAAGUGUAUUACUUUUCUGUUAUUAUGGAAAUUCUACAUCAUCCAUAAUGUCUGCAAUAAGAGUUGGUAUCAAACAUGACAACUUUCAGUUUAGAAACCUGACAAAAAGGGCAGUGAGUGUACCAUGUUCUUGUAGUAUUACUUUAGUUGUGUAGCAAUCAGAAUUAGUUUGGUUCAAUUCAGUGCUUAUUCAGUGUUCAUUCUCCAAUUCAUGCUUUGUGAUUAAAUUCAAUGCCUGAGUCAAGUUGAGUCAAGAUAGAAUUGUCCCAAACUCUGGUAGCUAUAGUCCUUUUCAUUCAAACACUUUUUAGUUUAAGUGUUUCAAUACAUUGUGGUAUGUAUUGUGAUAUGAAUGAUUUGGAUUGUUUGUAGGUAAAUAGGGUAUAAUUGUUUCCCUGCUUUGUUGACUAAUAUGUACAUUUGUAUACUCUGUUGUGAUUGUAAAUAUGUAUAUAAAAUAGAAUUCUGUUUU